AUGCAUCGUAUGGACGACGAGAUGACCCAAGGGAGGAAGGUGUAUGUGGGCAACUUGGACCCGGAGUCGACUUCAUCUGAGCUAGAGGAAAUAUUCAGGCGCUAUGGAAAACUUAGCAACAUCUGGGUUGCCAGGAACCCACCGGGGUUUGCAUUUGUGACAUUUGAAGAUGCGCGGGAUGCGCGGGACGCUGUAGAGGCGACAGACGGCAUCCUACACCGAGAAAAGUACCUGCGAGUAGAGAUUGCCAAGGGACCUGGAGCCAAAGGCAGAAGAGCAAUCCCGGAUAUAGUAGUGAAGGCAGCGACUACAACUACAGAGGCCGCAGGGGCCGCAGCCGUAGCAUCGAUCGACGGCGGUCCUACAGUCCACGCCGUCGCGACUACUCAGAUGAUGAACGGGACAUGA